AUGGUGGACGUAAGGAAUAACAAGCGCUUCCGAAGCGAACCUGGCAGCACGCUAUCCUGUUAUGCACUGCGACUAAAACCAGGCCAGGAAAUAAGGGAAUGUCUGCUGAACUACGUCAAGACUAAGAAACUUGGGGCACCGUUCGUUCUUUCUUGCGUAGGAAGUGUGACUCAAGCUACACUACGGUUGGCUAAUGCGUCAAUAGACACACCGAAUGAGGUAAGGAAAUCGUAUAACUGCUAGUUUUUUUUAUUCUCAGACAGGCUUCUGUAUAUUGGGGUUCUUUCAUGAUUAUUAGCAAAAGCAUUAUUUCCCGAUGAAGAAAAUGUUUGCGUCGAGGUCUGCUGUAGUUAUUGCAUCCCAACAUGCGGAAACCCGUCCUAUUUUGCACCUCAGCUUUGCAGGCUUGUGAUUACGUAAGGCUCUUUAAUGAGAAAAGCAAUGAUGUGGACUCACUUGUCUUAGAUCACGCAAAUUUUGGGCUGAAAAUUUUAUUUUCUUGAUUGGUGGUGAAUUUAAAACGCUAGUCCCGAGAGGUGAGGGGUGGGGAGUACACAAGGAAAUGCGACACAUAGUAAUUGUUGAUUUACAGAACUGAUCACCUUCUUUCCCGCUUAAGUUGAAAUCUCCGGGUAGAUACUGUUAAGGAUCUGAAUGUGGGAUGGGAGGCCGGUGCUUACAGUUGUAAUGAAUUGGCAGCUGCAAUGAAAGUACAGCAUCCUACCCACAAGCAGAAGGCCAUGUAGCAUAAAUGUAUUUCUUUCAAGAACUCACGAGAAAUCCCAAACUCCCAUACUCAAUCCUUUAGCCUAAACUGAAGGGAUCAGAAGUAUUACCUCAUCUUAGGAUGGUGUUCCAGUCCACUCUACAUUGCCCUCCCCAACCCCCCCUUUUUUUUUCUUCUGAUUUCUGUUACAGUUCACUGGUACCUAUCUAUACUCCUGAGUGAAAAGUUAAAUUGUAUCACCUAAAGACAACCCCAUGCCUCAGCCAUGACUUGAACCCAUUGGGCCAGUUAGUCAAAACUACGGUUUUAUGCAAUCAGUGAGCCUCAGGCUUUUGCUAUAAGAGCAAUUAUUUAAUGAAAUAAAUGCCCUUUCACUGUUAGCUUUCAGCCCUCUUGACACUGUUCGCAAAAAACAAAGGUUCAGCUAAACUGAAGAUUGUUUAAGAUGUGGUUUUGUUAAACAAUGGCUUAACUUUUUAAAUUUUGAAAUAAUCAGACCAUUAAAUUCAGAUUUUGAUGUCUGUUUUCUAUUUCUUCAGAUCAUUGAGGUUAAAGGAAGGCAUGAGAUUGUUUCACUGGUUGGAACACUGGCUGAUGAAGGACACCUGCAUGCUUCCCUUUCAGACAAAGAUGGUAACGUCAUAGGUGGUCAUGUUAUGGGAAACAUGAAAGUUUUUACUACUGCUGAGGUUGUCAUUGGAAACUGCGACACAUUUUCAUUUACUAGAGAGAUUGAUGAUGAAACUGGCUUUGAGGAACUUGUUGUGAGAGAAAAAUAG